CGGCCCAGCCCGGCCCAGCCCGGGGGGGGCAGCGGGGCGGGGGUCGCCGCGGCGGGGAGGCCGGCGGGGAGGGCCGAGCCCCGGGGAAGCCGGGGGACCCGGCUCAGCCAUCCCCGCCGCGGCCUGGCCCACCCCUUCCAGCCCCGUCCUGUCAUUUAACCCUUUGCUCUGAAGUAACCCCACACGUUCCCUCCCCUGGGGGCCGUUUCCCUUCUCCCUUGAGGCGCUGGCUCUGCCCCGGUCACCGCUGCCCAAGCCAAAUACUCCCGUUACCGGCCUCUUAACCCUCGCUUGUUUCACCGGUCGUAGUUGGUACUCGGAACGUUGCCUGUUAACGGCCGCGAUACCCGCGCGUUUCCGCAGAUCCCAGUUUGAACUGGGCGAGGAGCGGCUGGAGGGCAGCCCUGCGGCAGGGCGCCGGGGCCGCGGGCUGGCAGCAGGCUCCCCAGAGGGCAGACUGCACCCCGGGCUGGGUGCCUCGAACGCGGCCUCACCCGCCGGUGUUCCCCAAAAGAGGGGACUGCCCCCCUGUGCUCAGUGUUGCUGCAGCCUCACCUGCAGCUGGCCCCCGGACAUGGGGCUUUCACGACGUGUCUUGCCUUUUCCCCUGUGUUCUCGCCAGCUGUCCCUUGUGUGGAGAGAAGGGAAGGGGAACACUAUGCAACAGAGCUGAAAACUGUACAGUAAUGUGGAACUUGAAGAUAAAAGAAAUUGUGAUUGGAGCAACUGCAGCUCUGGCUCCUGUAGUGGCUGACUGGAAUCUGGCCCUUUACCAAAGCUAUCUAUAACAACUUAGAAGAAAAAAACAAAACCAGAGGCUAUGUUCAGCUUCUUCCGAAAAAGUCAAGAUUCAAAGAAGGUUACAGUGCCAGAGAGAGAAGCAGAUGGAUUUGUUAUUGUGGGUGACACAAUUGAUGAUCAAAAUAGAGAGUCAAAGGAUAAAACUUCAUUUCCGGAGACCAGACCAACGUACAACCAACCUCCACAGACAAAUACAGGGCACCGAUCGCAGUUGACUGUAUCAAGUGCAGAGGAGGGAAAUGAGAGGAGUCAAAAUUUGGAAAGCAGCCCUUUCAUGUCAGAUCUUCUGAGUGACGUCCCCUUUGCCCUAGCACCACAUGUGUUAGCAGUGCAGGGCACGCAAAAUGACGUUCCUGACCGAUUGCUCACCUACGACAUCAAUGAUAAUUUAUCAAGAUUUUGGUAUGACUUUACACUUGAAAAUUCAGUGCUUUGUGAUCCUUAAUGUUUUAUUUAUUUUUUCUGUCUGUGUCAGGGAGCAAGUCUUAAGGUGAAGAUAAAGACUUAUUUAAAUCAACUUAAUGUUUUGGGGGCCUGCCAUUGGUAUAUCAGAUGGAUUGGAUCAAAAAGAUUGUUGUUCACAACUGUGUUCUUAGCUUUAAGUGAACUGUAACUUCCUGUGUUAAACAUUCUGUGUAUCUCCAAAGAAACUGAGCAAGGCUGUUUCAGCCUGGACAGGAGACUGGCUGUUGGUAUCUACUUCCAGUAGAUAGGCUGCAUACACAAACAUUUCAUAACUUUAAGAUGAAGUCUACACAUGUCUACACUGUUUUGUUUUUACACUCUGUUACUGAACACACAGAUCGUGUUACACGUUUCUUUAGGAUCACCUCUGAUUUUCUACAGAUUGAAACCAGUAUUAAUGCUAAAGCAAUGUUGCUUUCCAGUUAAACCAAGUUUUAAAACUCAGAGUUAAUGAUGAGCACUUAAUUAAGUAUGUAGACUAAAUAGAAGUGAUUAAGCUUACCCAUUUCAAGGUGAAAAUGAGUUGAUUUGCUCCCUUUCCAGUAGAUGGUAUUUUUGUCCAUCUCAUUGUGUGCCUGGAGAAGUCCUCCCCGCCUGCCUGUUGGCUGCUGUUUGUUCUCAUUACCACAUGUGUUCCUGAUUUAUACACAGAUCAGCUUUUCCAUUUUAACCUCUUUGCCCCCUGAAGAAGGAAAUCUCAGGACACAUACUUUUAAUGGUCACACCCUUAUUUUUUUAAUUUGUGUGCCAGAGAUACAGAUGGCAAUGUUUAACAACAGGAAAACAUUACAUUGUUUCUUAUCCAGCUAAAUUAAAUGGUUAAGUACCUAAACAUGCAUUCUCACAGACCACUGUGUCCCCUGCUCACAAGCUUUGAGUGUGUUUUUCCCACCUAAAACCAGAGCUGCAGUUGCAUGAGCAACAGCUCUCUGAUGGAACAUCAUGAUUUGUGAUGAAUAAUGAUCUGUGUCACACAAAAGACUACACUUGUUUUCUCUCUUGGGGUAGAAUAUUUAUAUUGUGCCAAAUGUUAGUGGAUAUUUUCAUAUAUUUUCUAUGCUCUGUGAUAGCUUAAAAUAUGUAUAUUUUCAGACUUGCAUCCUCUUACAGCAUUUGAGAUAAAUACUGUAGAUGAUGGAGAAAUUGCAUUGUGAAUAUGUCCUAAGUUGUUAAAUAUUCAUGUUUUAGAUUUUUUUUAAAUGUAUCUAUUUAAUAUUUUUGACAACUGUGUUCAUAAGUGCUUUGAAGUUACUGUUUCAGGGAAAGUAUCUGUGCUACACCAAUUAAAAAAAAGCCAAAUAGUAGUGAGGGUUUUUUAUGUGUGAGAGUAAUUGCUUGACAUCACCUGUGUUGUUUACUAUAACUGUGACCAUUUGCACUUCAUGGGAGCUUGAACUUGGAAAUUCAGUUUGGAAACCUGUUCAGUAUCAUUUAAAAAUUGGGGUCCUUCUAAUCAAGUAUAUCACACUUUCAUUGAUGAAUUCUGAGUUCUCUGUUGGUGACCUGCAGUGGUUUAGGUGACAUCCAUGCUGAGGAUAGUAGGGCUGUGAGCUGGGAAGUACUUGGACCUCUUAGAAAGAAGAAUUAAUUUUGCCAAGUUGUUUAGAACUGUUUUGUGUGCUGAGUUUUCUAGUUAACACGUAUCUGAAGCACUAAGUUUAGUUUUCAUGAUUGUUUUAUAUUUAAUAAUUUAAAAAUUACCCAUUCUACAAAUAGCGUGUUUCCACUCAAGGUGUCCAUUUCAAGUCUGAAAUGUUUCUGCAGCCCAGCUAGUCUAGAAGCAGAAUUUCAAAACCCUGUUGCAGAGCUGACAGACUCACUGUUCUUCUUCUUUUCUUGCUAGCUGACUUAGCAUAGAAUUUUUGGCUUUCACACAGAAUCACAGAAUGUUAGUGGUUGGAAGGGACCUGGAAAGAUCAUCCAGUCCAACACACCUCCCUCCCCCUUUUUUUAUUUUUUUGUUUAAAAAUAGAUUAUUUAUCCAAAAUAAUCACAUCUUGUCAGAAUCACACUCUGUUACACUCACAAGCCAAUACACUGUCCUUUCAAAUGAAGAGGCAAAGGAGGGUAGAAAGGUUUUAUUCGCCUGUGAUGAGAAAUAUGGAUGGUAGGUUAAAUGUUCGGCUGCAUCCUUAACCAUAUUCCAUACAGAGUAAAAUUUACACCUAGCAAGAGUACUAUUAAUGAGCACUGGGAAUGUGUCUCUUUAGUCAGGGCUGGGCUCCAAGCUCUCCCUUGCUUGACAUCAUCCAUAAAAAGUGGAUUGAAGCCUAAUGGUAUCCAGACAGCAAAAGUGAAUUUCUUCCCACUGGGGAUAAGAAAAAUAUACCCUUAAACUGUUAUUAAUCAGUAAGAUUUAUAGAUACUACUAUUUGCCCACUAAUAACAUGAAGAUGACACAAAAUGUCCAGAAAAUUAAGGAUUUCAAAGGGUCCCAUCUCAUAUUGGAAUGUGAAUUGCUUGUGUAAACUAUGUUUAACAUCCUAUGCUAAGUGAUUACUGCGUAGAAUAUAUGUGUAUCUGUCAGGGCCAGCAAAUAGUGUAUGGUUCUAUAUGUUGUCAUUCAAACACUUUGACCACCUGUGUAGGAAUCUAGUUUUGUUUGUUUGUUUUAAUUUAAAAACUAUUAAUAUAUAAUCAAUAUAGGUAUCAAAAUAGUAGACAAUCCUGACUGUCCUUUCUGUGUGUUCUGUAUAUAAAAAUGAAAACUUUAAUAGAACUGA